AGGGAAAUUGGCAUUUUGAUGAUUCUACGUCAUGAUAAUAUUGUACCGUUGUUGGGUACUACGACAGGGUUUGGACGGAAGCCAGAGUUGCUCAGCUUAGUAACUCCGUGGAUUCUCAACGGCACGCUGAAUGUCUACCUGGCAUCUAAACACAACGAACUAACAAUGCUGGACCGUUCACGUAUGCUGAAGGAUGUCAGUGCUGGACUGCGUUACUUGCAUUCGGUGCCUGUCGUGCACGGGGAUAUAACAGGGGCAAAUAUACUGAUCGACGAGGGAGGCCAUGCGAAGCUAAUCGAUUUUGGUCUUUCCACCGCUGUCCUGCCCCUUUUCGGCCAGCCACACUUAGCUGCAACAUCGAUACAUCCAGGUGCUAUCCCCUACGCAGCACCAGAACUUCUAUCAGAUAAUGUCAGCAACCUGCCUUUGAAAAAAACUGACAUCUACUCUUUUGGUUGCGUGAUGCUUCAGGUAAGUUGGUCAUUUGGUCACAAAAUGUUCGCCUGA